AAAAGGGUAGGGAGCGAAUGGAUAGUUAAGGCGACCCUUUAAUGUCCGCUUGUGAUUACAACAUGACUCUAAUAUUUUAUAUUUAAAAUAAUGCUAUAAAAGAGAGAAAUUAUAAAAUGAUAUCUACAAAUUGGGGGGAAUUGUUUCCCGGAAGAUGGAGUCUUGUCAUUUUUCUUUCUUACAUGGCACUUUUUAUCAAUCAAGGAAUUAUUGUAACAUGGUCUCAAACAAAUGGUCAAUACGAAUAUAAUAUUGUAGCAGUGGUAUUGUUAACAGAAAUUUUAAAAUUAAUUGUAUCAGCUAUUUUGUAUUGGAAAGAUAACAAAAUAUUAUCUCUUUUCCAAGAGAUAGUAAUACAUAAAAAGGUGCUUCUACUGUACUUAAUACCUUCAUUUUUAUAUUGCCUAUACAAUAAUUUGGCAUUUAUCAAUUUGGCUGUAUUUGAUCCAACAACUUAUUAUGUUCUAUUGCAAUUUCGGGUUGUUAUGACAGGAAUUAUUUUUCAGCUCAUCUUUAAAAAAAAAUUAUCUGUAAAGCAGUGGUUGUCUUUGUUAUUAUUGACGCUUGGUUGUAUGAUAAAACAUGUAAAUAUUAGUAUGGAUGAAGAUGUUAGUACAAAAUUUGUACUAAAUAAAAAUAUUUAUCUCAUCUUUAUUCAGACUUUUUGUUCAUGCUUAGCUGGCGUUUAUAAUGAAUAUUUGCUUAAACAAGGAGCGAAUAUAAAUAUUUUUGUACAAAAUGUAUUCAUGUACAUAGAUAGUAUUUUAUGUAAUGUUAUAGUAUUUUUAAUAUUAUUUACAUGUCAAACCAAUGUUACCAAUAUAUUUAAUAAUAUUGGAUCUAGUAUUUUUAUGCAACCCAAAGUAAUAAUAAUUAUGCUAAAUAAUACGGCUAUUGGCAUUAUAACAAGCUUUUUCUUAAAAAACUUAAAUUCUAUAUUAAAGACAUUUGCUAGCGCAUUAGAAUUAGUAUUUACAGCCGUCUUAUGUUGGAUUAUAUUUGAUAUACCUAUUCUUAUAAAUACAGUGAUAUCUAUUGCCAUGGUUAGUAAUGCUGUAAUUUUAUAUUCUCAAAAUCCGGUUCAUAAUGAAAAAUCAGCAGAAAUAGAAUCUAAAAAACCGUUGAUGGAAAGAAUUAUAUAAUAGGUAAAAAUAUAAUGGUAAUUAUGAAUUGAUUCUUACAGCAAUACAGAUAAAAAUACAUAAUAUUAUCAUAAUAUUAGAAAAUAAUAUAUUAACUUUGGCUCAGUAUAAAUAAGCUACACGUUUGUCUUAUUUAUAAUAAAAUACGUUUAUUUUGUCUUAUCGAACAAUAAUCAAAAAUUAAUUAAGAAUAUAUGAAUGUGAUAUUUAUGUAUUUUUUAUAGUAAUUGUUAAGUUUUAUUUUUAGAAAUUUAAACAUACAUAUAUAUAUAUAUAUAUAUAUAUAUAUAUAUAUAUAUAUAUAUAUAUUCGUAUUAAGUGUCAACAUAGGAUAUCUACGAACAAAAGUAUAAAAACAUAUGUCGUACAAAUUAUGAAUACGUGCGUAUCUGAUUAAUUAUUUAAUUACUUAAUUUUCAUUGUCGAUUUAUAUGUAUAAUAUAUGUUAUGUAAUGAUAGAGCGAUAACGUUAUAACACCGAAUAUGAACAAUAUGAACAAAUGCGAACAAAAUAAACACAAAUAUUAUAAAGUCAUUAAAAAUGACGAUAUUAGUUGAAAUAAAUGUGUAUCAAGUAUUUUAAUUUAUCUAUAUGCAUUAUUAUUAUCUAUUUUGAGGUUAACAAAUGUGUAUUUGAUUUUAUCAAAAUAUAAUUGGAAUUAUAACUUAUAUCAAAAAUUCAUUGGUACACGCGUGAAACAUCGUCGUCGAUUGAUUAAUAAUGAAACAAUUAAAUAAUAAUAAUAAUAAUAAAAAGAAAAAAAAAAAGAAAAAGAAUAAAGAGUUCUUUAUUGUAUCAUGAUUCGUAAUUAAAGAGAGAACGAUUUUUAACUUUCGAAUAGUUCGAUCGUGUUUAUACGUAUAUAGAAUGUAUACGUGAAUAAUGAGGGAAAUUAUUAAAGAGAAAAUCUCGUGAUUGCGUUUGAAUAAUGAAAUGAUCAAUCGCAGUCUACGCUAAAGGGAAGAUAAAUAUUGAACAUCGAUAAUGAAGGUAUAAAGCGAUAUUGUUAUCUGACCUUCGAGGAGCUACGGCUCGAAAUGCAUACAAAAAAAAAAAAAAAAAAAAAAAAAAAAAAAAAAAAAAAAAAAAAGAGAUAGGCACGCAUCGAUUUUUUUU